AUGCACCGUACCUAUUCCUUGCGCCAGACUCGUGCGCCGACUGCUUCCCAAAUUGAGAGCCCCCCGCCACCAAUAUCGUCGACCAAGACCAAUAGGCUUUUUGGGAACACAAGCCUUGGCCAUGCUUUCCGCAAAACAGCCGCCGGCAGUUUUGGCCCUGAUCUCGCCAAGAAGCUUUCACAACUUGUGAAGAUGGAGAAAAACGUUAUGCGCAGUAUGGAAUUGGUCGGCAGAGAGCGAAUGGAUGUUGCACAACAAUUAUCUCUGUGGGGAGAAGGCUGUGACGACGAUGUUUCCGAUAUCACUGAUAAGCUUGGGGUGCUAAUAUACGAAAUUGGCGAGCUUGAAGACCAAUUUAUCGAUCGAUACGACCAAUAUCGGGUGACAAUCAAGAGUAUUCGUAACAUUGAAGCUUCUGUCCAACCCAGCAGAGACCGCAAACAAAAAAUCACUGAUCAGAUUGCGCAGCUUAAAUACAAGGAUCCUAACUCACCGCGCCUUGUCGUUUUAGAGCAAGAGCUUGUUCGAGCUGAAGCGGAAUCUCUUGUUGCUGAAGCACAACUUUCAAAUAUUACCCGCGAAAAAGUCAAGGCUGCCUUCAACUACCAGUUUGACGCACUGAGGGAACACUGUGAGAAAUUAGCAAUUAUUGCAGGUUAUGGAAAGCACCUUGUCGAACUGAUUGACGACACACCCGUUACCCCCGGCGAAACACGGGCAGCCUAUGACGGAUAUGAUGCUAGCAAAGCUAUAAUUCAGGAUUGUGAGGACGCAUUGACAAAUUGGGUCUCGUCCAGCGCGGCAGUUCACUCAAAGCUUUCCACACGAUCUCGAACUUUAUCCCAACGAAGGCGGAACAACAUUUCAAAAGCUCGUGCUGAUGGAGGAGGCAUGGGCAGCCAUGAACAGUCAAUGCGUGGAGAUCGUGACUCUUGGGUGCCAGCAGAACAACACCCCAAUUAUACCCCGUCACAAGCAGACGAUGACGAUAUCUAUGAAGAAGAAGAUGUUGUCCAGAAUGGUGAGACAGUGAGAGAGGAGGAGAGAGCACAAGUUGCUGCGUAA